UACUUGGCGGAGAAUAUACCUACCUAUCGCGUGAAAUAAAUAGUUUCUCGCUAUAUGAACGUUUGUUACAUACCAGAUAUAUGUAUACUGUUGUAUCAUCUGCCUAAUUAAGUAUAAACACUUUGCCAAUUUAGUUAUGAAAAUUUAAUAGUUUUUAACUUUUAUUUGAUCUCUGUUUUCCCAAAACUUCUGGACAUACAAAAUGGCGGCUCGUAUUUGUGAAUUAAUUGCCGUCCUGCUCAUUUGGAUUGCUGCUGAGAUUUUCCCGAGUGCGGAAGCUGAGCAACUUUUAUACCAGAAUUUUCGAUGCAAUAAUGGAAAAUACAUUAAAAAUAGUUAUUUUUGUGAUGGUGACCAUAACGAUUGUGAUGACAGCGACGAAUCUUUUGGAUGUAGUAGAGAACACUGCGGGCCAGGUAAAUUCACUUGUUCCUCUGACUCAGUAUGCUUGGAUAUAACUAGGCGUUGUAACACCAUUUAUGACUGUGCCGAUCAUUCAGAUGAAUUGAACUGCGUGGGCGAUGAAACUAACAUUAAAGAUUGCUCACUGUACAAAGGAAAGUUUUUAUGCACGGACAAACUUAAAUGUCUCGAUUACAACUACACUUGCGAUGGUAUAUGUCACUGCUUCGAUUGCUCAGAUGAAAAUGGCCAUUGCAAUGAAACAGAUACUAAUUCAUGCCGUCCGUGUUUAAAUUUUUGUUUACCAACCCCUAUUGGGCCACAGUGUCCUUGCAAUUUGGCAAAUUACAAAUCUACCGAAUUUUGUAAAAACAUUAGUCAAGAAAUUGAAGAUUGCACUGGUUUGCAGCAUUGUGAACAAAGUUGUUCUGUGUACCGUCACAGAACGAGAUGUUUGUGUUUUGAAGAUUUUCAUGAGGUGCCUGGCUCCAGAAAUCCGCAUCCCAAAUGUAGGAGCAAUGAAUGGCUUGGAAGCGCAUUGCUUUACUCAAGUGUAUCAAAAAUCAAAUCAUUGAAUUUGACGUACCCGAAAGAAGCUCGAACCAUCCAACGUGGAUUUAAUCAUGCGAGUAGCAUUUUUGUUCUAACUGGCGCUAAUAAUUACGCGUAUUAUACAAGCUUUUAUCACAAACGAUUAUGUAUUUUCAAAACUUCCAUCAAUAAUGGAGAGACAAAUCUGAUCAUUCAAUCAAGUUCUUCUAUUACUUCUUUGUCUGUUGAUUGGAUUACCGAAAAUAUAUAUUUUACAAGUAACGGAUCAUUGUCAGUUUGCACUAAUGAUGGAAAAGUUUGUGCUCAACUGGAAUGCUGUGACGAUGCAGAUAAUGUUGCUCUGGUCCCUGACUUUGGACAAAUGUACUUCUCGAAAAAAUCGAUUUUUAAAAACGAAAGAAAUAUAAUGAAAUCAAACAUGGAUGGUUCAGAGAAGGAUUUUCUAGUCGAUGCAAAUUUUGUUCAUCCUAUUUCUUUAGCGAUAAAUCAAGAAAAGAAGACUUUAUAUUUAUACGAAUUAAGCACUAAUUUACUCUAUUCCAUCUUGCUUCUUGAGUCCAAUAAAGAAGUGAGCAUGCAGCUUCAAUUCAGAAAGUAUGAUUUCAUCUCAGUAGUUGGUCGAUCGUUCUCGUCUUUCGCUGCAUUUGAUAACCGGCUAUUGAUACCGAAAUUGAACGCAACAUGUAUACGAUAUCGGAAUUUCAUACAGACUUGGAAGCAAACACUGUAACAAACUUAUACGCCUAUAAUCCUUGUUUUCAGCGGUUAAGUAAAAAUAAUGUAAACUAAGAAUCCUUGCGAGAAUGUAUCAUGCUAUGGCCUAUGCUUACUACGUCCAAUUCCAUCGACAAAUCGAUUAAAUUACACGUGUAUGUGUCAGAAUGAUUCCUCCACAAAUGGCACUCGUUGGUGUAAUAGUGAUUCUGCCGAAUCAAACGAAGCUGAAAAACUACCGAUAAACGAACAAUUCUCUCCAGUUACCAGAAGAGCUGAAAAUGGAAUGGCAACUCGAGCAUUUAAAAAUUCUUCUCGAAACAUUAAAGAAUAUGUAGGAUCUGUAUCAACACAAAAAUAUGAUCAUCCAAGUUCUAUGGAUUCUACUUCAACGGCACCGGAGCAAUAUUCAUCAAAAUCUGAUAUAAUUUUGGGUUUCAUGUCGGGCGUUGCCCUGAUAUUAGGCGUUAUUGUUUUGUAUUUUAUUUUUGAAAAAGUGUCCUCGAACAGAUUUCAUCGACAAGUGGCAAUCACUGAGUUGAUGGAUAUACAGUAGAUGUGCUUGUGUGACUACUUCAGUAUGAGGGCGUGUUGAUUUGCCAUCUUUUUUGUCUUUGUUUUAGGUGAUAAAAUUUAAGUACAUAAAAUAUUCAUCGAUAUCCAAGUAGGUAAGUACAUAAAUAACACUAGACAACUUUUUUGGUCAAAAAAUUCAAACAGAUUUUUAUUGGCGCAAUGUAUUCUACACACCAAGGCGACAAAAACGUGAUAUGAAUUUUUUGAAACCGGCUCAUUAAUUUGCAACCACUUAACAAAAAAUACACAAAAAUUGUAGAUAGAGAAAAAAGCUUGAAACAAAAGUUGUAAAGAGUGAAAAAUUACAGAAUUCUGUCUAAUCACAUUUUGAAACUGGUUCAUUGAUUUGCAUUCAGCAAGUAGUUUUUGACAAUCACCUAAAAAUUGGAGAUGGAGAAAAAAAUUGAAACAAAAGCUGUAGAGCGUGAAAAAUUGAACCAUUUCGCUGAUCAUAUUUUGAAACCGGUUCAUUAAUUUGCAACCAGUUAUCAAAAAUUAGCUAAAAAUAGGCGAUCGAGAAAAAAGCUUGAAAAAAAAAUUGUAGGGCGUAAAAAAUUACACAUGUUCAAUCACAUUUUGAAACUUUUGAAACCGUUCAUUGGUUCGCAUUUAGCAACCAGUUUUUGACAAUCGCCUAAAAAUUGAGAGAUAGAGAAAAAAGUUUGAAACUGUAAGUUGUAGAGUGUGAAGAAUUGAACUAUUUUCGCUAAUCAGAUUUUGAAACCAGUUCAUUAAUUCGUAGCAAGCCGCCGAAAGUUACCCGAUUGCAAAUUAAUUAGCCAUUUUCAAAAUCCGGUCAGCAAAAUUGCUUCAAUUUUUCACGCUCUACAACUUUUGUUUCAAGUUUUUUUCUCUAGGUAUCUUUAUCUAUUAAUUUUCAAGUGAUUGUCAAAAACUGGUUACUAAAUGCGAACCAAGAACCGGCUUCAAAAUGUGAUUGAACAGAAUUGUGUAAUUUUUCACACCGUACAACUUUUGUUUCGAGCUUUUUUCUCUAUCUACAAUUUUUGUGUAUUUUUUGUUAAGUGGUUGCAAAUUAAUGAACCGCGGUUUCAAAAAAUUCAUAUCACGUUUUUGUCGCUUUAGUGUGUACAAUGCAUUGCGUCAAUAAAAACCAGUUUGAAUUUUUUGACCAAACCGGUUUUCCAAUUUGUGGACACCCUGUGCAUGGGUCUGCACUUUUCAAGGUCGUUUUUGAAAGCCCUUAUUUUUCACUACUCAACGCUGCUUCAUUCAUCUCGCUAGAUCUUUCCUCUUGGAAAAGAGUCCAAAGUGAGGAUGAUAUUGUGUAUUUUUUGCUCUAAUUAAGUGUAUCAGUAAUUCAGUAUCUAACUGUAGGUACUUACUACUUACCAACAAAGAUGCUUAGAUGUCUCGAUAACAACUACGAAUGCGAUGAAAGAUGUCAUUGCUUCGAUUGCUCAGAUGGGGAUAUUCAUUGCCAAGAAAGUUGUGAGGGUUGUGGUACUUCAACUGCACCUUUCAGUUUUGAAAAGGUGUCCUCGAACAGAUUUCAUCGACAAGUGGGAAUUACUAGCUGAGUUGAUAGAUAUAGAUUGCCAUCUGUUUUGUCUUAGUUUUAGGUAGGUAAUAAUAUUUAAAUAUAAUACCUACCUAUAUUAAAUAUCCAAGUAGGUACAGAUAGGUGAAUGAUUAGACCUCCAUAAUGAAAUUCGAUUUAUAGAUAGGUACCCUAAUUUUUGUGUUUAGGUUUUAUUCCCCGCUUCAUCUUGACUAAUAAAUCUCAUUCAAAAAAUCUGUUCAUAUUAGUAAAGUGUAGAACGCUCAAGUUCUGAGGUUUUUCUUCCUUAAUUUUCAUUUUUAUAAUUAGCAGAAAAUAGGUAAUUAAGUAUGUUUAAAAGGUAAUUGUUAAUCAUUAUUAAGAGUAGGUAUUUCUGUAUCGGUAACUCAUUUGAAAAUAAAAACAAUGUAAAAAAAAUAUCUACCACAUGUUGGUCUGUGAGGCCCCAAACCUCAGGAGCAUGAGUGAAAAUCCCCCAUCUCUCUCUAUUGUUUACUUACUCGUAAUUCAAACAUUUCCAUGCUAUAUGGAACUUACAGGCUACCCCUUCCCUUUCAUGAAGUGAAAAAUGAGAAACAAUGUCACAUGGUGUUGAUAACGAACGUGCUAAGAAAACCUGUAAACACGUUUUGUUGUUUGUUUCUCGAGAAAGAAAAAAAGAAAAAAAUAAAUCGAAAAAAGAAGAAGAGAUGAAAAAUCAUCGCGUAUAACUGGUUUUUCAAGGUCAGACUCCAUCUCGAUUGCGAGUUGAUUCAGACUGAAUUUUCGGUACCUACCUACCUACCUACAUAAGUACUUACUAAGAAAUUUGUUAGCUAAACUGAUUAAAUUUGUACACAAGAUACAUUAAUUAUCCUUGGAAGAAGCAACGAGUAUCGUUUAACAUAGAACACUAUCGACAAUCUCUUCUCAAAUUUAACACGAUGAGGUAUUUCCGGACGAAUUUUUCUCGAUAAAUUUUCUCCUUUUCUGUAUGAUUCAUUCGC